AUGGCUUCUACUCAGGUUCAAGAUGUCGUGAGUUUAAAACAUUUUAGAUUUCGGAGAGUUUGUCGGAUGAUUUCUGAAUGCCAACUGACUCCUCUCUUUCUUUCUCAUCGUGCACUCCAUUUUUAAUCGCCAGACAAACAAAAAUGUGGGUAGCCACAAACGUGAAUCAUAUCAUGGUGUAAACGUUGGUCUGUUGUUUCGUCGGCUGGAAAUGUGAUCGAAGGGAAGACUUUGUGAGUGAUCAGUGUAUUUGCCGAUGGAGAAGAUAACCGACGGAGGAGUGUCCGAUAAACGGACGGCAGAUCGGCGGUGCAUAUUAUGAAUUGCGAGGGACCGACAGGACAGAGUGACCUCAGCAGUUGGCGGAAAUGUGAUAACGCAGCAGAGGAGGCGAAGGCAUCGAUUGAAGUUGGCCCCGCUUUGCGAGAACGGAGGAGCACGUCGGCACGAGAGACAUAGACAUCUGCUGAGCGUUCGGAAGAGUCGACUCGCGGGGCCAUCGGGGAAUUCGGGCAAAUAUUGACUGUCGAUAGGGGGUUGACUGGUGCGAUUUGUUGUGAACGAGCAGAAGAGUAGCGGUGAGGAGCACAGCUUACCUGAGCAAGAGCAACUAUGUAGUUGAGGGACUUUUUAGGAUUAACUUGAAAUCAAUCAGGAAGGGUGUUGAAAACGAGGGCUCUGGGAGCAGAAACUCUUCUGACACCUAAUCCGGCUAUCUCCGCUGUCAUCUGAGUGCCAUUCAACCACCGCUAUUUCGUUGAAAAACGUCUUUUUCCGUUCUGAUAUCAUCGUUCUGAUUGAUGUGUUCAUGCCCGACCGACUGGAUGCCAUUUCUUGUCUCAUUAGAGGGAGAUAUAUGUAAAUAGGGACCGAAUACCUCUUGACAAAGAAAUAUGCUCACGAGAAGAAUCGGUGAAGCAUGAAUAAACGAGACUUCUUGCCCGUCGGUUUUUUCUUCAAUCGGGCUCUAGGUGAACCGUGAGAAACAAGAAGGGCAGCUCGGUUUUCAGCCGAAAGUACGCUCGUGAGCAGAGUCGUUUCCCAUUUUUCUUCCAAUUGCAAUUUCUAUUGGCAUAAUCAAGCGGGUUUCUUCUUGUUGCUGGUGUUUCGCGUCGUAUUCUUUCCUCUCCUUUUCUCGUUGAUCCAAACAUCUCCAUCAGUUCAGUUUUGAAGGUAUUCGAUGAAAACUACUCACGGCAGUGCAAGCGUCGCUCCGAUCGAUGUGACCAAUGGGAACUUUGUUAUAUCCGGAUCAUCGAGCGAUCGGCAAGGUGUUAUAUCUGUCAGCGUAACGGAACUUUGCCAUCAUUGCUACGAACGACGCGAAAAGAGGCCAGAGCGAUCGAGUUCAUUUGAACGACUACUCACCGAAUCGGCCAUAAUGCCAGCUAUGCAUCCACUGAAAGACGAGAAUUGGCAUGCUGGAGGAGAUACUUUUCAUAAACGUGCCUUCGUUGGAUCGCUACCACUCGAGAAAGACUGGGAUUUGCUUCAUGAAAAUGUAAUCUAUCGAGCUAGUCAAUCAAUGGACAGUCCGUAUCAAAUGCGACCUCGAUCCUCUUCCGAUUCACUUCCUUUCCGUGCCGAACUGAAAACAACGUACUCGGAAUUUGGAGGUUUCUAUGGCGAUUUAACCGGAGAUGCAAUAGAGCGGGCAGGCGGAAGUCUUGCGAAUCGGUCACAUGACGAGGCCAUAAAAAGCGCGGAUGGUUUUGAGUUUAUUGACGACGGAGAAGACCACGGUUCCAGUGGCGUUAUCAUUGAAGAAAUUGAAGACGAACCCUUGACGACUAUGAACAAUAGCCAAUGGGAUGAAAUUCCAGUGAGGGGAUUGAUCACGAAUAUGGAGAGCUUCGAAUUGGUUUUGUCUGGAAAACUGAAUGGCGAAGAGAAUGAUACCAGUGAGAGGACCGGAGAAAAUGAGCAGGAGACGAAGGAUUCCUUCGACGACGUUGAGACGAAUAAGAAUAUGGAUGAACAACAAUCAGUAGAAUCUGGGAACGCCCUCCCGAAGAUUAUUACGCCAGAGGAUUGGAAAAGGGAAGUUCAGCAAAAACGAAUAAACAAAGACAACGUUGACUGUCGUAAAUCUUUCAUUACUCCCCUGGAUGAGCUCUACAAACAGUACAAUCAUCAUCCGAUCCACUCUAAUGGAGUGAUUCGAGUUGUGCACACUCCGCCGGCUCCUCGGAGGAUUACGACGGUUGGGCACAUCAGGCGGUCUUCUUCCCUUGGUUUAAUUGAAACGUACAGUGACGCGCUGAAAGCCAGGUCGUUCUGGUAUAUCGAAGAAAACUCUGUGGCAACUGUUGCUUCUUCUGAAACGGGGGACGUACAGAAAGUGCAGAAAGUAGAAGAAGUGGAAGAGGAGGAAGAGCUGGUACAAAGCUCAGCGAUCUGUUUGCUAUGCCUUCCGCUCCGUCAGUUCUUCUCUUCGUGCAAGUGGCGAAGCCCCGUGAGUUUCUAGAAGGCUUCGCAUUCUUUCUAUUCCGACAAACUCCCUGGGAAAUUGACUUUGCCCGUGUCAGACUCAAUCAUAAACAUUCAUUAUUUCAGGAACUGGCCGAGGCCGGAGAUACCGUGGCUGAGGUGAAAAGCGGCAGUGCUUCCGGAAGAGGACGUCUGGCUCGCAGAAUGACAAUUGAGGAGGAGCACGCCGGAGACUAUUUCAAGUAAGCGAUUAAAAGACACGUCAUUAUGACGGCGAUUUCGUCACGACGCAAUUCUGCAUCUGAAUUCAUCAUUGCACAAUUGCAUCAUCGUGGAAAUAAGGAAGGGCUCCCCUGCCAGUCGAAGAGCGCGCGCGUUGUUUAUGCUGUUUGGCGGGUAUUCCUAUAGCCACAUGUGUGUGUAUUCGUCGAACAUAUAUUAUUACUUUCAUCAUUUCGCUCAUCGCCUGAGAUUCUACUUAGCACGUUUUGUAGUUAUUAAGCAGCCAUGAAAGCGAUUCGGGAUUCUUGUUUCUAAUCGCCUACGCAUUCUUCUUCUUUUUACGGCAUAUUCCAAUUAGUAGCGGCUGUUAGUGAAAAAAGUGCGUGCAGGAAAGAGUGCUCAGGGAGCUCACAUUGACUAGUCUCCCGAUGAAGAAAAGCUUUCCGUUUACAUGAAAGGCGUCGGGGAGAAUAGAGCUCAUUCGCUUUGUAUUCCGGGUGGGUAAACUGUUCCUUCGAGCGGACGCCUUUUUGUGAGUCACCAUUCGUUUCGAAUGAUUUCGAAAUGUGCGCAACCCUCCCCUCCACUUCAGGUACCAUUCUCCCUUCUCUCCGUUCCCCUUAAUUUCGCUGCGAGACCCGCGAUAGCUUCACGGUCACUGCGCCUUUCGAUACAGCAUUCUGUUCGUGUUCCGUCCUAAAAACUUUCAACUGCUUCUUCGUUCCUCCCGCGUUUCGUUUUCUGAGUUCAUGCAUCUCCGAAUUUUUUUGCCAUUCUUUUCUUCACAUCCGCUUUGUUUGUUGCGCAGCUCUUUCCCAGUCGCAAAGUUCACAACUCAAUCAUCGAAACAUUUGCGACCUUUGAAAAUCGCGAGUGCGGGGGUGGUGAACAGUGCACACCGCCCUCGUGAUUGUUCUGCAACUGUACACUGAAAAUAGAUAAUGAAUCAGCAAAUGCGCAAAAAAUAUGUGCGUCCCGACAUCACGCCUUUCGAAAGUCGUUUAUGUAAACACGUUGUUGUUGUUCUGGUAGGAGUCCGACAUGGGACCGGGGCGUGACCUGGGAAAGCCCGUGCGAAGUCUCCUCCGCGCAGUCUCGCUCUCUUUGCUCGCCGGCGUCGUCCUCCGUCCUCCCCUCUCUCCAUUCCGUCACACUAUUUUUUGCUCUGCGAAUUUUUACUGCGCGCAUGUGAAAUCCGCGCCGUCUUUCUCCUUUUCCUCUAGAUUUUCAUUUCCAAAGCCGGAGUCUUCAGCUGACUGCUCUUUGAGCACUGUCCCCUUCUCGCUGUUUCUCAGAAAGCCAUGUGCUUCUGAUGGCUCCCCUUUUAUUGCUGUCUGAAAGUUGUGUGCACAAGAUUCAAAACGCUUUCGUAUUUCUAAGAUCUGUCAGUUCUAUUUAUUUCGAGCCAACGCACUUCUCUUUCUGACCGCUAGACGGUGAGAGAAAACAGAGUACAUUCGCCAGCUUCUGGAAUGUUCUGCAAAAGUCCGCUUUGUGCUCGGCUGCCUCUUUUCUCUAGUCACAUGAUUUUCAGAUUACCCGUCUUGUUUUCCGUCGGGGCUCCCCUACCUUUAUUGCAUCAUGAUUUUCCGCGCGGAUCACCCGACCUCAUUUCGACUUUUGUGUUCUGGAGAUGUUCGAGCCACAGUUGUCUAAUUGGAUAAGAGGUGGCCCACUCGACCAGAACCGGUUUUUGUUUUCGAUGCGCCGGCAUUCUAGCCUUGAAUUCACUCAAUCAGAGAUGACAACCCUCUCAUUCGCUCCCCGUAGUCCAGUGGCUUUCCUCGCUCAUUUAAUUUUGAAAGGCGAUUCCAUGAGAACACAUACCAGUCACCAUGGAGAUAAAACAUUUACGCGGCUCUCAAUUUCGCUACCAAGCAGCUGCCUGUUUCUUUUUUCUCCGUUUCUGCACAUAUUCCUGCUUGUGCUCAUCUCCUUUCUAAUCCGUAUUAUAUCCGUUUCAUUUUAAUAAGUCAGUUUUCUCAGCUCAGGAAACUAAUCUCUGUCCGUGCGCGCUCUUCUUCAUUCUACAAUCCACCGAGCUGACUCCUUCCUGAGUGGCUCGUCAUCGUGAAUCUGUCAAAACGGGAGCGUUAAACGCCAAACCUUGCGAGCAUCCGGAAAACGACGCGGCGAAUCCCACGUCGCUGCCGCCGUUGUCGAAGCAGCCUCAUCCGAUCCAAGAGGCCCAUUCCGAAUCGCCGCCCAAAUCACCGCCGCGUCCCAAGUUUCUGAAUCAAUUGGCUCCGUCAGUUGCAUUUGAGCAUAAUCUCAAAUCGCAAUCGACUUCAUCUUUUCGCGAACUUUUUGCGUACGCUGCGCGCACAUCUGAAGCUCCCACCGAGUGGGAUUCUGAAGACGACGAAAAUUCGGACAUUCUUUGUCGUAGCAAAAGCAACAUGAGCGACGAUUCGUUCCAAAAAGAACUCGAUGCCGCCGCUUAUGAUAAGUAAGUUUGAAACAUCUUCCACCGUGAACUUUCCAACUCAUGGGGUGCGCUUGUUUGUGAUUCCAAAACAAACGUUAAUUAGAAAUUUAACUCGUAUCCAAUGUACCGCCUCUGGUCCUUCAUCUCUGGGGACAGAGUUCUCGCAAAGCAGUCGAUUAGAAGCAUCGAAAAUGCGAAGCACAUUGCGCACGCCGAGCAGGUAACCAAGCCGACGGCGCUCAAUUUGUCAAUAACCGAGAAUAUUCUAAGGCGCCGUUGACUCCAAUUUUAUCCAAAUUGAUUGCCGAGCCAGCGGUCAAUGUCGACGCGAAUAAUAAUGUGAAAGCGGGAGAGGAACCCAGAGAUGAGGGGGUUCGCCCGAAGACUCACGUCUGUUCGCAACCAAGUUUCAGACAGAAUUCAUACAAAACUAGGUAAAAUCAAAAGCAGAAUUGUGUCAGAUGAUAGGUAUUCGAAUAAAUUGCAUCUCGAUACGAAUUUUAGGCAAGAGCAAAAACUCGAUGCCGUUCCGGCCACCACUCACAUGGAGCACUUGUGCCGUCUGAACAUCCGCGAGGCCCCGCACCUUGUCCGCCAGACUGGAAUCAUUUGCACGAUCGGACCUGCUUGCGGCAGCGUCGACAUGUUGCAGAAGAUGAUUCUCAACGGAAUGAACAUCGCCCGUCUCAACUUCUCGCACGGAUCGCACGAGGUUGACACUUUGGAAGCCUCGUGACUUGCCUUGCAACUAAAUAAUUUCAGUAUCACGCGGGCACUAUCGCCAAUGUCCGUGAGGCUGCUGAUUCCUUCUCUGAUCCACGUGUCAUCGGAAUAGCUCUUGACACGAAAGGACCCGAAAUCCGUACCGGACUUCUCGCUGGAGGCGCUUCCGCCGAAAUCGAGCUCGUUAAGGGAGCUUCAAUCCGUCUGACGACUGACUUGCACUUCUCCGAGUCGGGAACUGCCAUCAAUCUUUUUGUCGACUACAAGAACAUUGCCAAGGUGCUCGCUGUUGGCUCUCGUGUCUACAUCGACGACGGACUGAUCUCCCUCGUCGUCGAGGAACUGCAGAACGACGCCGUCGUCUGCACGGUCGAGAACGGAGGAAUGCUCGGAAGUCGUAAAGGAGUCAACCUCCCAGGAACCAUCGUCGAUCUUCCCGCGGUUUCCGAGAAGGACAUCAAGGAUCUGCAGUUCGGAGUCGAGCAAGGAGUUGAUAUUAUCUUCGCCUCGUUUAUCCGCAACGCUGAUGGAAUCCGUACGAUCCGCAAAGUGCUCGGAGAGAAGGGAAAGAAGAUUAAGAUCAUCGCCAAAAUCGAGAACCAGGAGGGAGUCGACAACGUGAGUGCCAGUAGAACGAAUGAUAUCAAUAAAUUAGGAUGGUUUCAGGCGGAUGAAAUUAUUGCUGAGUCCGACGGAGUCAUGGUUGCUCGUGGAGAUUUGGGAAUCGAGAUUCCAGCGGAGAAGGUUUUCCUCGCUCAAAAGGUAUACCUUCCUUCGUUUUCUUCAUUUUCUUCUCUUACAUCUGAAUUCAUUUUCAGAUGCUCAUAUCGAAGUGUAACCGUGCCGGAAAGCCGGUCAUCUGUGCCACUCAAAUGCUCGAAUCCAUGGUCCACAAGCCACGUCCGACUAGAGCGGAGGGAUCCGACGUCGCCAAUGCCGUGAGUAAACAUUCUCUCUUCUUUAUAACGGCGGGUCGACCUCCCUUCAAUUGAAGCGCAUUUGGCGGAGUGGGUUGUACGUUUGCGCGUCGCUUUGGAGGCGCAGGUUGGCCCCCUUAGGGGCACAGAGUUGCAUUUGUUCGAAACAAGAUCAUGUGCGCUAAGUUGCCCCGAAAUGGAAUCGGGUUAUAAGAAAAUUGUGCUUGUCGUCGAGUACCAUUGAUAUCAAUUCGAACAUUUUACUUUGUUUUUCAGGUGCUCGACGGAGCCGACUGUGUGAUGCUUUCCGGAGAGACUGCGAAGGGAGACUACCCAAUCGACGCUCUCAAGAUCAUGCACUACAUCUGCAAAGAGGCCGAAGCAGCUGUCUACCAUCGCAGACUCUUCGACGAGCUUCUCCAGAACACUCAAAAGCCGACCGACAUGUCCCACACGAUCGCCAUCGCUGCCACUUCGGCCGCUGCUUCAUGUCACGCUUCGGCCAUUCUUCUCAUCACCACCACCGGAAGAUCUGCCAUCCAGUGCUCUCGAUACAAGCCAGCCGUUCCAAUCCUCACCAUCUCGAGAGAUGUGGCCGUCUGUCGUCAGCUCCAUCUGUACAGAGGCGUCUUCCCGGUCUUGUAUCCGGCGGAGCGUGCUGCCGAUUGGCCAACUGACGUAGACAACAGAAUCAGCCACGCGAUCGCCAUUGGAAAAGAUCGUGGAUUUAUCCACAAGGGAGAUUUCCUUGUCGUUGUCACCGGAUGGAGACAAGGUAAAUUAUUUUGACGAUGUUCUUCUAUAGCAUUCGCGUUUUUAGGAGCCGGAGCGACCAACACCCUCCGCAUCAUCACCGCCGAGUAG